AUGAGGCUGAUAGCCCUAGCGCCGCUUGCGUAUGCAGUGUCUCAGGCUGGAGGCUUUGGCUGGCUCGCUGCGGGUACUGACGUGGCUGAUCUGAAAAAGGAGUUGCAAAAAGUCGCAGAUCAAGUGGCGCAAAAUCCUGUUCCAGGGUCGAGCUCAGACUUCCUCCCCAUUGGUGUGGGCUUUAUCAACUGGGGUGUCGAACUGGAGACAGCGCUGGAGGCUCUGAGGGAGCAUAUACCCGCUGCGGUGUGGUUCUUUGCACCAAGGAAGAACGAAGACCUUGUCGAGUGGACGAGAAACAUAAGAGAGGUGAGCAAGGGGAAAACAAAAAUAUGGAUACAGAUUGGGACAGUCGUGGACGCAAUUGAAGUUGCCCGCUCUUGCCAUCCAGACGUCCUUGUCGUUCAAGGUGCUGAUGCUGGAGGGCACGGACUAGCACAUGGUGCUGGAAUUGUGAGCUUGCUUCCAGAGGUGGCUGAUUCGUUACGAGGGAUGGGAAUGGGAAGUAUACCUCUAGUUGCAGCAGGAGGUAUAGUGGAAGGUCGAGGGGCCGCUGCCUGCCUGGCUCUGGGCGGAAGUGGCGUUGUAAUGGGCACAAGAUUUUUGGCAAGCAAGGAAGCCAACAUAGCCAAAGGAUAUCAAGUUGAUGUGCUUAGAACGACAGACGGAGGGAGGAGUACCGUCAGAACGAGCGUAUACGAUACGCUACGUGGGACAGUGUGGCCUCGUCAAUAUGGUGGACGGGGUAUAAUCAAUCAAAGUUAUCUGGACGCACAGAAUGGUAUGAUUAUAGAUGAGAACAAGAGAUUAUAUGAAGAAGCUCUACAGAAGGGUGACCAUGGAUGGGGGGAGAGUGGCAGGAUUACUGCCUAUGCUGGAUGCGGUGUAGGCUUGGUGAAAGAAGUCAAGUACGCAAAAGAGAUUAUCGAUGAAGUUAGACAAGAUAUAUCUGAGGUGUUUUGGAAGCUCUCACAUGCAUCAUCAAAAUUAUGA